CUCUUCCAAAGUCUCCCUGUCAACUUCCGAAAAGUCCAGCCCAACAACCGUUGGCCUCAAAACUCAAAAUUCCACAUACACAGAUGCAUCAGGCAUCUUACAGAAGACGAAGACGGGAAAAAAUAUGUCUGAACCAAAAGCCAGCACAACGAAACCCAGAGUGGUCUGCUGCAUAGGCGACACCCAUGGCUUCUACACCAAGCUCCAAAAUCUCUGGUCCAAUCUUCAAACCACAAUCGACCCUUCAGAUUUCAACACUGCCCUCAUAAUUUUCUUGGGUGAUUAUUGUGACCGCGGCCCAGACACCAAAAAAGUUUUGGAUUUUCUCAUCUCUCUGCCCUCCAAGUACCCAAAUCAGAGACACGUGUUUCUGUCUGGGAACCAUGACCUGGCCUUUGCAGCCUUUGUGGGGGUCCUGCCUAAGCCUUUGGAUGGCUCUGAGUUUUCUGUGACUUGGAAGGAGUAUGAGGCCAAUGAAGAGAGAGAAGGGUGGUUUAAGGGUGAUGGGUAUGAGAGAAUGCACUUGCAAGGUAGGAGAUGGGCUGGUAGCAUGAAGGACAAGUUUAAUGCAGUCAAAAAUACCCAGUACAAAGGUUCGAUUUAUGAUGCUGGGCCCACCUUUGCGUCUUAUGGGGUUCCUCAUGGUUCUGCUGAUUUGGUUAAGGCAGUUCCUGAUGAACAUAAGAAGUUUCUUGCUGAUAUGGUUUGGGUCCAUGAAGAGGAUGAUGUGUGUGUAGAGACUGAGGAUGGAAUCAAAUACUGCAAAUUGAUCGCAGUGCACGCUGGUUUAGAGAAAGAUAAGGACGUCAAACAGCAGUUGGAAUUUUUGAGAGCCAGAGACACCCGGGUGCCUAGGGUAGAGGCUUUGAGUGACAGGAAAAAUGUAUGGAAUAUACCAAAGGAACUGACAGAGAAUCCAACUGUUGUCGUAAGCGGUCAUCACGGGAAACUUCAUAUUGAAGGGCUCAGGCUGAUCAUUGAUGAAGGCGGUGGUAAGGAGGAAAGACCAGUGGCUGCAGUUGUGCUCCCCACCAUGAAGAUAGUCCGCAAUACCGAUGUUUUGGCAAACUAGCUUCAACUCUGCGGUACAUACUAAAUUGUCAUAGACUCAUAAUAAGCUAUCUAUUUGCUAGAACAUUUUGGCAAAGCCUAUAAUCAAGGCAUGGAACAUGUUGGUUACCAGCUAGUAUAUCAGAAAUUGUUCAGUUGCAUCAUUUUAUAAUGAUAUAAUUUGUGUGAACCUUUGGAAGAUAUUGAAGCUUCACUGCA